CGUGGACAUUUGUAGCCGAGGACGUCAGAGGGACGAGAACCGAGAGAAGAACAAGGAAGAAGAAUUCAAACCUUCACCAUCAAAUUAAUCUGAAGAAGAGGUGAAGAUCUGACAUGGGAGUUUGAUGAAGAAGAGGACGAACGCUGACGAGGAAAAUGCUGAGUGUGGAGAUGUUUCCCAGUUUGACUCUGGGACCACAGAGGAUAGGAGACUGCUUUUAUAGAGAGCGUGAGGCUUCUGGCCAUAUGUCGCUGUUCCCUCCCACAUGUGACGCUGCAGCCAAAGCCCUGCCCCCGAGGCUGUUGGCUCCGCCCCCUGUCCUGACCGAACCCACUGCCAAAGCCCAAAAGGACGAGGUGAAGAUGGAGCUGGAGAACACGUCGCUAUGGAAACAGUUCAGCUCAGUGGGCACAGAGAUGAUCAUCACGAAGAAGGGCAGACGCAUGUUUCCCGGGCUGAGGCUGAAGCUCUCCAGCCUGAAUCCAUCUCUGCGUUACAUCCUCCUGCUGGACAUCGUCCCCGUGGACAACUCCCGCUAUCGCUUCCAGGGCGGCGGCUGGCAGGCCGUCGGAAAGGCAGAGGCUCGUCUCCCCGACCGCGUGUUCAUCCACCCAGACUCCCCCGCCACAGGUGCUCACUGGCAGAGUCGCACCAUCUCCUUCCACCACGCGAAGCUCACCAACAACACACUGGACUCACAGGGACACAUCAUCCUGCACUCGCUGCAUCGCUACCAGCCCAGAAUACAUGUGAUUGAAGCCAGAGACGUGCUGCGGUGGGGAGGAGGCCAGCAGCGCUCCUUUGUUUUCCCUGAGACUCAGUUCAUCACAGUCACCGCCUACCAGAACAACAAGAUCACAGAGCUGAAGAUCAGUGCUAACCCCUUUGCAAAAGGCUUCAGAGAGGACGGCAUGAACAGCAAAAAACAAAGGGACGUGAGACAGAAGCGCAAAAUGUCCGUCCUGACAGAGACACUGGACAUUGUGAACUGUGACCCCUGUGACACGGCCGAGCUCUUGUCCCAGUCCACUGAGGACAGCACAGACCUGCAGGCCCUGGCUCUGUCCUCCCUGCCUGACCCCUCCUGUGGCUACAGGGCCGGGGACGCCUCGUACGCGGACGCGCUGGUGCCGGAGCCGCCGCUGGACCUCGGUCAGGCUUUCAUGGCCUCACAGAUGUCGGACAUCUCUGGCAUCUCCAUGGUGGACGCAGCAGGGAGGGACAUGGCAAACAGUGUCAUGGAGAGAUCAAACACUAUGGAUGGACGCGCAUACACCUCUAAUUUCCCCGCUGCUCAGGUGGACUCCUCCUCUUUCCCCUUAGCCCCUCCUCCUCAGUCAUCCUCCUCCUUCAACCCCACAGACACAUCUGAUCCUCAGACGUCCAUCCCCACUCUUGAUUAUCCCUCUGUCCUCUCUUCGUCACCCGCCCUCUCCUCCUCCUCCUCCAUCACUCCCUCCCUGCAGCAGACGACCUUCACCUUCCCCACUCCACCGCCUUCCAACUCCUCGUCACCACAGCCACUCCUGUCCUCCUCCUCCUCCUCCUCGUCUCCCUCUGCCAACAGCUAUCACGCGCUUGCAGACAUGAUCGCGCCCACAGACGCCUCCUUUCCUCCAGCGAGUGGGAGUUGUGCGGCGUUCAUUUAUCCAAACAUGGUGCCUGUCAAUCCUGAUCCUGUGACUCCGCCUCUGCACCACCAGCCGCAGGCAGCAGCUCCUCCUCUCUCCUGCUCUCUGACCUCCACCUCCUCCUUCGCUUUCACUCCACACAUGCAGAACUUCGCCGGCCCCGUCCACUCCGCCCUGCACCUCCCAAAUCUGAGCCUUCAGGCCUCCUCCUUCAAUGCUGCCUUCCCUCCCUCCUCCUUCACUCACUCCUCAGCCUCCUUCCCUCACCCUUCUUUCCAGCCCUCCUCCUCCUCCUCCUCCUCCUCCUGCUUGGCCGUGCCCUCAUCUUUCCAGCAGCCCAUCACCUCUGCUCCAGCUCAUCCUCAGAACUUUCCCGCCGCCUCCAACUCCACAUACGCUUCAGUUGAAAGAGGCACCGUGCCUCACUUCAACCCCCCUGCCCCCUAUCGCCCGGAGAUGGUACUGCACCACCCGUCCCUUCUCCCUCAGCUGGAUCCAUCUCUCCCCUCCUCCACUCCUCCUCCUCCUCCUCCUCCUCCUCCAUCACUGUACCCAGCGUUUCCGUCGUACCCUCUGCGACUGUGUCAGGACCCCGGUCACUCGUCGCUCUCCAUGCCCUUCAGGCAUUUGUACAGACAACACGGCCACGCCCACCCUCAGGGGUCCUACCUGGACAUGAGCACAAGACCAGUGUUUUAAGAUGUUGUUAACAAUGUUUAACAAUGUGUGUGUGUGUGUGUGUGUGUGUGAGCUGAUACACGUUCACGACGUUCACGACGUUGAUCCAAAGCUGUAAAUAGUUGUUGAAUCAAAUAUCAUUCCAGUGUGAACAAUAAAAAAAGGCCUUCUCCA